GUGAAAGUUACCGAAAGCGGGACUCUUUUGAAGAUCUGUCGAUUGAUAAUUAGGAGAGCAGAAUUGGUAUGAGAAAGGCGGCAAAACGAUGAAUUCAUUGACCCACAACUCAUUCCAAGACUUUGAAAACUCCGAUUCAUCUUCUUCCUCUCUCGAUCGAUCUCUUUGAUUUCUCUUCUACUUCUCUGUUUUGAUUCUAUUUAUUAAUAGUCAAAAGUUGUUGUUUUUUUUUUUUUUUUUUUUUUUUUUUUUUUGAGUCUUAUUUGCUUCAUUCACGCUUUGGGUUUCUUUCCUCUUCGUCUUCUUCUCCAGACCCCGAUCAAUUACUGAUCCAAGUUAGAUUAUUUGUGUAGGUUGUAGUGAAUUCUUGGUUUUUGAUUGAUUUGGUGAGUACCCACUUAGAGAUUUGUGUAGGAGAUUCUUUUCUUUUGAUUGUUGUUUGACUUUUUGAUUGAUUUGGAGGUGACCCAGUUCAAGAUUUGAGUGGAUUCUUUUGAAUUUGAGAAAACGCAUUUCAAGAUUUGGUGUCUGAAAUUGCUGUCAGAGAUUCUACUUUCUGUCUCUCUUCUGUGUGUAUGCUUGGUGUUAUUAUUCAUUUUUUUAUCAUUUUUUUUUUGUUCUAGAGAUCAUCAUUCACUUAUUUGUUUUUUUGGGUGCUAUUGAUUGAUUGAGUUUCCUUUUCCCCCUCUUUUUUCCCCAUCCCUUCUAGGCUUCCAAUUAGUUGCUUUAAUUGGUGUUUUCUGCUUUUGAUCCAAGUUAAACUCAGAGAUUGUUUUUUCAUUUCUAAAUUCAAUUUUCCCGUGUACACAAAAGAGAGGGAUUUGGAUUACUUAUUGAUCAUUUCAAAGAAACAAUUCUUUUUAAGUCAGUGUGUUCUUCUUAACAAACUCUAAUUUGAAGUGUUGGAAGUUGAUUGUUUUGGAGGAGAUCCAAGUGAAAGGUCCCUGGUGUUUGGAUACUGAGAAUCUGUGUGAAAUUGGAUGAUGUCUGGAGUACAAGAUCAGUUAGAGAUCAAGUUCCGGUUGAUCGACGGGUCGGAUAUUGGCCCCAAAAGCUUUCCUGCUGCUACAAGUGUUGCAAACUUGAAGGAAAGCAUUCUUGCUCUAUGGCCUAAAGAGAAAGAGAAUGGUCCAAGGACGGUAAAAGAUGUCAAGUUAAUUAGUGCUGGAAAGAUACUGGAUAACAACAUGACAGUGGGAGACUGCAGAAGCCCAUUAUGUGAUAUUCCUGGGGGAGUUACAAUCAUGCAUGUUGUAGUUCAACCACCACCUUUAGAAAAAGAAAAGAAAGCAUCAAAUGAACAAAAGCCGAACAAGUGUGUAUGUGUUAUACAAUAAAUUGCUGUUCGAAGGCUGGAAAAGCAUCAUUUUCAUGUUGACAAAGAGUUCGGAGUUGGCAUUGAUAUUCAAAUCACUGAAUUGCCGAUCAAUGAGGGGCAGUUGGUGAGAUGCACAUUUAUCAUAAACCAUGUUUUGAAGCAGGUUCAUGUGUUUAUAUACCUAUAGCUUUCACAUCAGUUUGGUGUGUUUUGUUUGUUGUGUAGUUCACCACACUUCCUUACAUCUGCAUUUAAAACUUUGAGAUUUUUCAGCUGAAAACUUGUGAUCUAUUCUAAAUAAUAUGAUUUAUAGUUGCAUAAUCCACUGUAACAAUUUUUAUUUUAGGCAAUAUAUUUAGUGACCCACAAUGAUAUCAGAUGACUAUGUUCUGCGGUGGAGUAUUGAGAUGAUUGUUUUGUGUUUUUACUAGCGAACUGGGUUAUCUUGUUAAUGUUUCUAGUUGUUCAUUUACUUUAAACUAAUUUUAUAUUAACUUGUAAUUUUAUCAAAUGUUGUGGUGUUAUUUAUGAAUGUAUCCUAGUUUGUUGCGGUA